UACGAGAGACGAUGCAAGAACAUUAACUUGACCCGAUACAUUAAUUUGAGGUUUAGGUUCUUUGUAACGUCUAUAACGGUCGAACGGGGUCGAAAUAACGGACACUCGACGCGAAGGAAGUUUAUCUUGGCGUUAUCUGUCAAGAUAAGGCUCUAUCCUUCCGUCCAGCAUCGAAAACAAAAAUAAACGCAUACUUCCUACGGUUGUGCGCCAAACUUACAUACUAAUUGGUCCCAGAACAGCUGAUACAAGUCAAAACAAGGAUCGCGAUGGGGGUGAAACUGCGAUUUCUUCUGUUUACAUUCUUGUUGGUGGCCAUCUUGGUGGACACCUCUUCGGCGCAACAGCGUCGAAGGAAGUAUCGUCGUCGUACGACCACGACGACAGAAGCUUCCGUUCAGGAUGAGGUCAUGAACAUGCUGGAGGCUGACGAAAUUGCAGAGGACGCGCAGAAAGCUGAGAUCACCAACGAAGAUGGCACCAAUGAGGACAAUUCGAGGCGUCAGAGCUUGCUUCGUGUGGAUCCGUGUAUAGGGAAACACUGUGGUGCCGGACGAGUUUGCAAGACCAUCGACGACGAUACCGCAGAAUGCGUUUGCGUGGACGCAUGUGGCGAGGAGGUCGACCCCAGGCGAAAAGUUUGCACCAAUUACAACGAAACGUUUGACAGCGACUGUCAGGUUUACCAAGCCCGUUGUUUCUGCGACACGGGUGAUGCCAGGUGCAGGGGACCUGACUAUCAACACAUCCAUAUCGAGUACUACGGCGAAUGUAGACAGAUGCCUAUGUGUAGAGAGGAAGAAAUGGCCUACUUCCCAUGGCGUAUGAGAGAUUGGCUGUUCAACAUCAUGAGGGAUUUGGCAGAUCGCGAAGAAUUACCAUCUCAUUACUUGAAAAUGCAAAGGGAAGCAGAAACGAAUCACACGUUACGUUGGACUAACGCCGCCAUUUGGAAAUGGUGCGAUUUGGAUGGCCACCCACACGACAGGGCUGUCUCCAGGCACGAACUUUUCCCCAUUAAAGCACCAUUGAUGGCUCUCGAGCAUUGCAUCGCGCCAUUCCUCGAUUCUUGCGACGUUAACAACGAUCACAAAAUCACCCUCGCUGAAUGGGGUAAAUGCUUGGAACUGGAGGAGGACGUUUUGGACGACAAGUGCGACGAGUUGGCUGAAGCUACAAACUUUGACCAAUAACUAAUUACCACAAAUUCUAAGGAUAUGGUGUUCGCAGUUGGAUAAAGGAAUGGAAGAAAGAAAAGGCCAGAAAGUAAAUCAGGAGUUGAAUGAAACAGUAAAGUUUCAUUAAUAAAAGUUCAAUAUUAACGUUGGAGAUUAUACUCCAUAAUUCCAUAAUAGUUUUCUAACUAGCUGGAAACCUUUUAAUCUAUAGUGAUUCGAAAAGAAACACGACGUCCCUAGUUUUCUCUCCAUAUACUAUACAUUAGAUACUAUUUUGCUAGCAACAACGUACGCAUACAUCUUUUGUAUAAACGUAUUACGUGACUGCCUUUUUAUCAAUUAAAAUAAUAAAUAGUACACUUUUUUCAUCUGCUGAUACUGAUUUCUUAUGCUAUGCAUUAUUACAACCGUAAUAAAAAAUUAUUUUUUUAUAUCUUUCAUCGAAUAAUAGAGAUCCAAGAAAUUUUAUUAUUGUUCCUCGCGUUUUACAUUAUUAA